AUGUCUUUGUCACCAAAAGAGUCUUCUCACUUGAAGACGGAGUUUGAGGAGAAUUCUGAUAUCUCCUCAUUUGACCCAGAUGCCUUUUUGAAAAAGCAAAUUGCAGAAGAGAGUGAACAUUCAAUCAAUUAUCGUAAUUGUUCAUGGCAAAAGACCGCGGGACUAUUAUUCAGCGAGUACAUUUGUCUUGCGAUUAUGUCGUUCCCUUGGUCAUAUUCCGUAUUGGGGUUGGGGUUGGGAUUAAUUGUCACCGUUAUUGUUUCAUUGUUGUGUUUAUACACUGGUUUGAUCAUUAGUGACUAUUGUGCAGCUUAUCCUCAUUUAACCAAUGUUUGUGAUAUUGGUCAACAUUUGAUAUUUGGCAAGAAAUGGGUGUGGUAUGCCACAGCCAUUGCAUUUUUGCUAAACAACACCUUAAUUCAGGCAUUGCAUGUGUUGGUGGGUGCCAAAUAUUGGAACACCAUAAGUGAUAAUACCACCAUCUGUUCAGUUGUCUUCGGAGUUGUGACUGCAAUUAUUUGUUUUUUGCUUUCGUUACCAAGAACAUUUAGUCAUUUAUCGGGAGUUGGUUACUUUUCAGCCAUUACUAUGUUUAUUGCUGUUGUAUUGGCAAUGAUUUUUGCUGGAGUACAAAGCCAUCCAAAUGGAUACGAUCCCUCAACUCCAGUGGUCUGGCAUGCAUGGCCACAAAAGGGCGAAAAAUAUGUCAAUAUUAUGUCAGCUGUCUUGAACAUUGUCUAUACAUUUGUUGGACAAAUCACGUAUCCAUCAUUUAUCUCACAAAUGAAGCAACCAAGAGAUUUCCGUAAAGCAUUGAUUGUUGUUACAAUUUGUGAGUUGAUCACUUUUGCUUUGGCGGGUUCUAUUGUUUAUGUUUAUGUUGGAAAUGCUUACAUGGUUGCACCAGCAUUUGGAUCAUUGGUGGGAAAUUUCAAAAAGAUUUCAUUCAGUUUUGCAUUACCAACAAUUUUGUUUCUUGGCUCAUUGUACAGUAACGUUUCUUCGCAGUUUUUGUUUCAAGAGAUUUUUAGCAAGGGAAGUAUACAUAGAAAUGAAAACACAUUGUUGGGAUGGGGUGUCUGGGCUGGACUCAAUGGUGUGUUAUGGGUCAUUGCUUUUGUCAUUGCUGAAGUGAUUCCAUUUUUCAGCGACUUAUUGAGUUUGAUGUCAUCGCUAUUUGAUUGCUUUUUCGGGUUCAUCUUCUGGGCAUUGGCUUACUUCAAAUUGAGAAAAUUGUACUACUACAAACAAGAAGGUGUACGUAUAAGCUUGGUUGAAUUGUUUACCAGAUCAAGCAUAGUACAAAAGGUAGAGUAUGUUUUGAAUGUCAUAAUAUUUGCCUUGGGAUUUUAUAUUCUAGGUCCCGGUUUGUAUGCUACUGUUCAAAGUAUUAUAUGGUCUUAUGAGGCAAGUUUAUAUGGAAAACCAUUUUCGUGUGUUAGUAAUGGUUUGUAA